CCCUGCUUGGCAGGUCGCUGUCAACACGGAACUGAGCUGAGUGCUGCUCCAUCGCUGUUGCAUACGUUCAUGUGAUAUAGACUCACUCCGAGCACAUUUUCUUUCUUCCUGGCUGGUGUUUGUGUUGUCAUUCACAAUGUUCCGCUUGCGGGCAUUGUCUGCUGUAUGGGUUGGCGUGGCACACUUCUCCAGGCGCUACCACCAAAAUGGAACAGUUCGAGGAUCUGGCCGAAAGAGGAUAAUGGUGGCAGCUCUAGCCGGGGUAACUGGUGUUUCUGCAAGUGCUGGGCUGCUCUGGAAAAGAGCGUAUGCUGAUGCAGGGCCGUCAGUGCGACACUCCGAGAUGCAAGAUGGAGAGGCGGAUUUUGUAAAGGAUUCAGAGUCUGAGUCAGAGAAAUCAGUCGAGGCCAGCAGUGGUGAUGACGAGGCUAAGAAUGAAAAUGGCGAAGGGAAAAAAAAGAAGCCACGCAUUGGAUUCCGUGACCGCAAGGUGAUGGAGUAUGAAAACAGAAUACGGGCUUACUCAACGCCAGACAAGAUUUUUCGCUACUUUGCCACAUUGAAGAUCAUCGGUGAGCAUGGAGAUACUGAGGUCUACAUGACACCACAGGACUUCAUACGCUCUAUCACGCCAAAUGAGAAGCAGCCAGAGAGUCUUGGCCUUGAUCAGUUUAUUGUGAAACGCUAUGAUGGAAAGGCCCUGCUAAAGACAGCAGAGGCCACGCACUGUUCUCUAACAGUUGUUUCUCCUCCUUCCUCCUCCUGUGAAAUGGACCUCUUACAGACGGAGAAGAUAGCCCAGGAGAGGGAGAGGUUUGCAGAUGAAGACAGCAUUUUUUACUCCCUGGGAGAAUGUGGUCUCAUCUCUUUCUCCGACUACAUCUUCCUCACCACUGUGUUGUCCACUCCCCAGAGGAACUUUGAGAUUGCGUUCAAGAUGUUUGAUCUCAACGGUGACGGCGAAGUGGACCUGGAGGAGUUUGAACAGGUCCAGAGCAUUAUCCGCUCUCAGACAAGCAUGGGCAUGAGACACCGCGACCGCUCCACCACAGGAAACACUCUGAAGACAGCCGGCUGCAGCUCAGCACUCACCACAUACUUCUUUGGAGAAGACCUGAAGGGAAAACUCACCAUUGGCAGCUUCCUAGAGUUUCAGAGGAAGCUGCAGCAUGAUGUGCUUAAGCUUGAGUUUGAGAGGAAUGAUCCAGUUGAUGGACGAAUCUCCGAGAGACAAUUUGGAGGUAUGCUGCUGGCCUACAGCGGUGUUCAGUCUCGUAAACUCAAGCAGAUGCAGAAGGGAUUGAAGAAGAUGUUUAAAGAUGCACAGGGCAUUACUUUUGAGGAAGUUGAGAAUUUCUUUACGUUCCUGAAGAAUGUCAAUGAUGUAGACACGGCGUUGAGCUUCUACCACAUGGCGGGAGCAUCCAUAGAUAAAGUUACCAUGAAACAGGUGGCCCGCACUGUAGCCAAGGUGGAGUUGUCGGAUCACGUGUGCGAUGUGGUCUUUGCUCUGUUCGACUGCGACGGGAACGGCGAGCUCAGUAAUAAGGAGUUCAUUGCCAUCAUGAAGCAGCGGCUCAUGCGUGGGCUGGAGAAACCCAAGGACAUGGGCUUCACUCGCCUUGUGCGCGCCAUGGUGAAGUGUGCUCAGGAUACUGCCUGGGACUUUGCAAUGCCAAAGACAUAAAGGGGCAGCAAAAGGUGACAUGUGAGUGGGAGUAAGAGCACCAUUAGAGACAUUUUUCUCCAACUGUUCUUACAAACGCAAACAACAAAUACAAUGGAAACUGCAGCGCUAUCGGCCAUGUUGGUGGUUUUGUAGGCCAACAGUAAACUUGAACCAUGCAUGAGUGCCCUUAAUUGUGUAUCAUUAAGGUGUCACACAAAUAUGUAUGAUAACAAUAUACAAGCAUAUAUUUACUCUUUGCCAAAGUACGACAUUCAACAGCACGUGACCCUUUGUUAAAUGCUAAGAGCAGCUAGAAACUUUGACUAAUAUUCAAAAUGUUUCCCCUUUUGCGUUUCUAGAUAGCCUUAACUUCUUCUACCACUUGAAGGGGAACUGAUUUUUAUUUUUUUUGACUCUCAUUCUAAAUCCUUGUGUAAGACAAAAACACACGUGCUUCUCUUUUAUUUGCAUUCUACAUCGUAAUAAACUGCUAGCUAAGGGGGCUAACAAUGCAGGUAAUAAGGAGUCAUCUAUUCCACCAAUAUAGCGCUCUAAAAAACCUUCAAUAUACUGUAAGCAUGUAUGUAAUGUAGUAACAGCCACAUUCAUAACAUGUAAUAAUUACAGUAUUUUGCUCAUUUUAAACAUUACCGUGACUUAUUUUUUGGGCCUGAAUAUAAUGAGGAUUAACUACAAGUAUAAAAAGCUGAGUAAUAAGGAGGCUGUUUGCCACAUUUACACAGAUGUUCAGAGUAUUUUACACAGUGUAUCCUGCCCUUUAUACGGUUUCUAAGAUGUAAUGACAUAACUAUGUACGUAACACAUGCACGAACCUUAGCUUUGGGUGUUGUUAGCUAAUUAUAGCGAUUUGGAUAGUUAGUGUAGUUGUCAUUAAAUGUAUAUUCUAUCAAAACAACAUGACUGCAAAUUGUGUGUUGCUUCUCUUGGACUUCUUUUGUAUGUGUGGACGUGCUCUCAGUGCGUAAGUGUUGAUGAGGCCGCUGUAAACACCAAUCAUUUUAAUUUUUAAUUUUUUUUACCAGGCCGGUAAAAAAAAUUAUCCCAUAAACUUAGUAAUUGUGAAGAAUAUUGACAAUUCUAAAACAAAUAUGUUCUGUUAAACCACUAAUGGUAACAUAUAAACUAGCCGGUGGUGUUCUUGCUAUAUUUUUUGCUUUGAAAAAUGUAACUGUGAGCAAGUUGCAAACAUUCCAUUUAGCAGUUUCAGCUUUAGUGAAACACUAACGCAUCGUAUUGGUGAGUGCUAAACAAGAAAAACAAAACAUCAACAUAAUAAAACAGUGACUUACAAUGUUUACUCUCACUGGGAUACAGACUAAUGCGAUUGUUGUAUCUUUCAGCACAAGACAUGUGCUUCCCGUUUAGGAGAUUAAUUCAGCAUAGUCCUCCAUUCCCAGGUAAAAAAAAAAAAAAGGUGACCCAAACGAGCAUCUUGCUGUGUCUUCCUAGCGAUGUCUUGGGGUCCAGGUUAAAUUUCAAAGUUGACCAACUCAGGGGUGGUUCAGCAGCAACGGAGUACCUGUGGUCAGGGCACUGUAUUACUAAAAGUAGUUCCUCAGCAAUAGCUCUUACAGGUGAAACUCCAAAAAUAAGAAUAUCGUGCAAAGGUUUGUUUGUUUAUUCCAUCAAUUACAUUUCCAAGGUGAAACUAAUUUUACAUAGUCUCAUAACAUGCAACUGAAGAUAUUAAGACUUCUUUUGAUAUCAUUUGGUGAUUCAGAAAAUGUGGAGUUUUCAAAAACUGUAACCCAUGAUCAUCAAAAAUAUAAUGAGACAUAUUUUACAUUGUAUGUAAGGAGUUUAUUUCACCUAUUAGUUUCACAUUUGAGGUUGUAUUGCUUAAAUUAAUGGACUUUUACACAAUAUUCUAUUUUUUUUUAAGCUUUUGUAUAGUAACAAUGUGGCUAUAGCUUGUUAAUAUGCGGGUCAUGGAGCACUGUUGGCGGUUUUGGGAUGUUUUUUAAAAGCGCUUUACAGGCAGAGUAGAUUAUUCCCAUUACCUGUAUUGUUAGCCACCUCUUAGUUUUUUUUGUAUGUUGAAUACACAAAAAGGAAAGACCAAGUGUGUUCCUGUUUCACAUAAGGAUUGUGAAUGAUGGGCAAAACAUUUUUCAAAGUGCAGUUUCACUAUAAAGAUGUUCAUAUUUGUUCAUAUGGGAUGUCACAAAAUGUUUAUUCUUCUGAUUAUAAUGCUCACUGAAACACUUUAUACAAAGAAUGUUAUUCAAAUUAAAGGUUUGUGUUUGAUAA